AAAUAAACUUCAGAAUGUAUUCUUCAUUGUAUUACCGAUUGCACAAUUGAAUGAAAUAAGACAUGAGGAAGAAUACAAUAUAAAUCAACAGCCUGGGUAAAGAAAAUGGAAGCUAAUGAGUAUACUGUUCGACCAGCAAACUAUGAGGAUUGUGAAGCUAUUAUGUCUCUUGUUAUGGAGCUAGCCUCACAUGUAAAGUGUGAACAUGAAGUGAAAAUCAAAGCCGACACACUCCAAAGAGACGGGUUUGGUAAAAACAGUCUAUUUCAUUGUCUUGUUGCUGAAGUGAAUAAAGACAUAGUUGGGUAUUUGUUAUAUUAUUACACUUAUUCCCCUUGGGUUGGUAAAACAGUUUAUAUGGAGGACUUCUAUGUAAAACCUGAACAUAGAAAUAAAGGAAUAGGUACUAAGUUAUUAAAGACUGCUGUCAAGGUAUUUUUGGAAACUCACUGCAGUUGUAUGGAAUGGGCAGUACCAUGCUGGAAUAAAGUGGCUGUCGAUUAUUACAAACAAAAAGGAGCUAUUAAUCUGACUGAAACUGAACAACUACAUAUUUAUAGACUUACAGAAGAAGCUAUGCAGAAUUUGUUGACUAAAUAAGCAACAAAAAGGAAUUACUUCAAUAUAGACAACAGGCUUAUUCAACAAAAUUUCCAAAUGUCAACUGCAGUGUUUAAAAUCACGCAGAAAGUAAUUUGUUCCCCAAAUUAUGGUCUUUUUUAUCAUCAAGUGGUUUAUAUUUCAUGCUAUAGUUACCUACCGAAUAAAUUGGACAUUAUAUUUGUAGGCAAUUGCAUAUGAGGAAUACUUGAUUAUUAAAACUAUGUAGUAAAGUCAAAUAAAAGACUCCGUCUUGUGUCAAAGUACAU